AUGUCAGAAAUAAUAGAAAGAACUAAUCAAAUGCAAGAACAAAAACAGGAAGAAUCUCGAGAAUUUCAAGAUUACAAAGAUGAAGAAAAUCAAAUCAAUAGAGAAAUUAAAUUAAUAGAUCGUCAAACAUUUUCAUUCUCUGCUGAAUUAAUAUCUCAGUUUGAUAGAUAUCGUAUGCAAAUGCGUGAAAGCAUUAGACAUGAAAUAGAUUGUGACGAUGAUUGGCAACAGCCUAUAAUUACGUCAGAAGAUGAUGAACAUGACGACGACACAAUAAAUAAUAAUAGAUCAAUAAACAAGAGGAAGGAACAAAAGAAAAGUACUAGUAAAUUAAAAUUAUGUUUUUCUAAACCCAAAAAACAGAAAAGACGAUUACAACAUCAGCAACAAAAUGAUAAAAA